CCUUAAUCUAACGAUCAUCAAUGUCAUGAAUGCCAUAAUUCCUAAACUUGGUCCCAAAAACUUGUACUAGUAAUUUCUAGCUCUCCCUUUUUUUUCUUUUCACCUCAGCAACCUAUUCUUCUGACACAAAAAUUUGCAUUCAACACAAGUCAACAUCAACACACAACAAAAGAGUGUACAAAACAAAGCAAUGGCCCAAAACCUCAUCAAACAUCAAACUUACAAACCAAAUAAGAAAAAUGUUAAAUGGUAAACAAAAAACCAAAACACAUUCAAAGCCAAAUCAACCUCACCAAUCCACCACUCCCUCUUCAAUGCCUCAACCUUAUUUAGAUUUUAGACAACUUUAGAAACCAAACAAACAUCCUUAAUCUUAAACAAUGAAAAACCAAACCACAUUGUUCCUGUCUUUUCUCAUUCUCCAUUUUGCUACAUCAAAAGCAGGUUUCAGUGUUGGUGGUAGUGUUGGUGUGGGAGUAGGUGUUGGAAGUGGAGUUGUUUGGGUUGGAGGAGGUGCUAAUAGCAACCAAAACCAAAACCCAAAAGCCUAUGAAUCUCCAAUAUCAAAAAAGGAUUCAGCUUUUUCAGCUCUUCAAGCAUGGAAAUCUGCAAUCACUGAUGAUCCUUUAAAGAUUCUAGAAUCUUGGGUUGGUUCAAAUGUUUGUUCUUACAAAGGAAUCUUCUGUGCAAAUCCUGAGAAUGGAAAUGCUGCUGAAGAAUCUGAUUCACUAGUUGUUGCAGGGAUAGAUCUAAACCAUGCAAAUCUUCAAGGAACUCUUGUAAAAGAACUAUCUUUACUCACUGAUGUGUCCAUUCUUCAUCUCAACAGUAACAGAUUCAGUGGAACAGUGCCUGAAACAUUCAAAGAUCUUGUUUUUCUACAAGAGUUUGAUAUAAGCAAUAACCACUUUUCAGGUUCUUUUCCUUCGGUUACAUUGUAUAUGCCAAGUUUGAUUUACUUGGACAUUAGGUUCAACUUUUUCUCUGGCUUAUUACCUCAAGAGCUUUUCGACAAGAAUCUCGAUGCGAUAUUCGUCAACAACAAUCAAUUCGAAGGCGAAAUUCCUUCGAAUUUAGGUAACUCGCCUGCUUCUGUGAUUAACUUGGCUAACAAUAAGUUGAGUGGAAAUAUUCCAGCUAGUUUUGGUUUUAUGGGAUCAAAGAUAAAAGAGAUUCUAUUUCUGAAUAAUCAGUUAACCGGUUGUAUACCAGAAGGAGUUGGACUUUUCACUGAAAUGGAAGUUCUUGAUGCGAGUUUCAAUUCGCUUACGGGUCAUUUGCCGGAUACAUUGUCUUGCUUACAGAAUAUAGAAGUGCUUAAUUUGGCGCAUAAUCAGCUUUCUGGAGAGUUAUCUGAUAUAGUAUGUUCGCUGCGAAGUUUGGCUAAUUUAACUGUUGCGUAUAAUUUCUUUUCUGGGUUUAGUCAACAAUGUUCUAAGCUGCCUUUUAGGAAUGUUGGUUUCGAUUUUUCGCUUAAUUGUAUUCCUGGGAGGGAUAUGCAGAGACCACAUCCUGAGUGUUCUAUCAUCCCAGGUGGUAGCUUAAGUUGUUUCAGAAUUCCAACACCAAAGCCUCUUAUUUGUGGUUCUAUGUUUGUAAGUGAUUCUGAGAACACUGAUUCUACCUCGGAAUCACCUUCGCAAACACAAUCUCCUUAAUUACGAUCCUUAAA